AUGCUAAGGACAGGAUUUAACUAUAGGUCUCAUUCUCUCUUUGUCAUUUCAGUUGGACGCAUUGUCUUUGAAUUAUUUGCUGACGUUGUACCUAAAACUGCUGAAAAUUUCCGUGCGUUAUGUACAGGAGAAAAAGGAACAGGGCCUACCACUGGAAAACCUCUCCAUUAUAAAGGAUGUCCUUUCCACCGAAUUAUUAAGGAAUUCAUGGUCCAGGGUGGAGAUUUCUCAAACCAAAAUGGCACAGGUGGAGAAAGUAUAUAUGGUGAAAAAUUUGAAGAUGAAAAUUUUCAUUAUAAGCAUGAUAAACCAGGGCUCCUGAGCAUGGCAAAUGCAGGACCUGGUACUAACGGCUCUCAGUUCUUUAUUACAACGGUGCCUACUUCUCACCUGGAUGGGAAGCAUGUGGUGUUUGGCCAAGUGAUCAAAGGAAUGGGUGUAGUUAAAAUAUUAGAAAAUGUUGAAGUAAAAGGAGAAAAUCCUGCUAAGUUGUGCGUCAUUGCAGAAUGUGGGGAGCUAAAGGAAGGAGAUGACUUGGGCAUUGUUCCCCAGGAUGGAUCUGGAGAUGCUCAUCCAGAUUUUCCUGACGAUUCAGAUAUAGACUUGAAAGAUGUUGACAAGAUUGUGGCCAUAGCAGAAGACAUAAAGAAUAUAGGAAAUACUUUCUUCAAAUCGCAAAAUUGGGCAAUGGCAGCUAAAAAGUAUAGUAAAAGUUUACGGUAUGUAGAAGCUUCUGAAGCAGUGGCAGAGGAGGCAGACAAACCAAAGCUAAAGGCUGUUGCUUUGACCUGUGUUUUGAACAUCGGCGCUUGUAAACUAAAACUGUCCAAUUGGCAGGGAGCCAUUGAAAGUUGUUCAGAGGCUCUUAAAAUAGAUCCAGCAAAUACUAAAGCUCUCUACAGACGGGCUCAAGGAUGGCAGGGAAUAAAAGAUCUCGAUCAGGCAUUGGCUGAUCUUAAAAAGGCUCAUGAAAUAGCUCCUGAAGACAAAGCUAUCCAGACAGAAACACUCAGAAUCAAGCAGAAGAUAAAAGCCCAAAAGGAGAAAGAGAAGGCAGCUUACGCUAAAAUGUUUGCUUGAUUUUUUUUCUAAACUUCUAAAUCUAUGCACUAACUCAUGUGAAAGGAUAAAUGGAGCUGCUUCGUUCAUUUGCCCUCUACUGCAGUUUUCAGUGUUUACAACUCAAAAGUCUAAUAAUAAAGACAAACUGUUCAAAGG